AUGUCUGAUAUGGAAGACACCAAAAAACCAAAGAUUGUAAGAUCUACUAAGAAAAAAGGAGGAAAAAAAAACAAAAAUCCUUAUAUUAUUUUUUGUAACAUGAAAAGAGAAGAAGUAAAAGCUGCUAAUCCAGAUUUACCUUCAAAAGAUAUUCUUAGUAAACUAGUAGAAAUGUGGAAUGCCUUAACUGAAGAACAAAAAGCAUCAUAUAGACCAAAGCCAAGACAAGUUCCACAAAAAAAACAAGUGAAAAAAGAAGAGGAAAUAGUUGAAGAAAAGAAAGAAUAA